AUGCAAGUGUGCAACCGGGCUGAGAUCACUGACAUUUUGGCGAAUUGGGAUCAGGUCCUGCAGUCCUUGGACCGAGUACAAGCUUACACUGCUGCUCGUGCAAACGAGACGGCGACACAGCUAACGGAGGCGUGCAAAGCCGAGCGUCCACCUCUGUUCGGUGACAGUGCAGAGGCCAUUGAAUGGGCGAAAGUGCAGAGGAAGUCGCCGAGGCGGAGGGAGAUACGAGGACUGUUACCCAACUUUGAACCGAAGGAGCCGCGCCAGCAGGAGGCGGAUCACAGUGUUGAUGUUGAUACUUCAGCUCUUUCAAAGAAAGACCGAGCUGCCUCCCAGCUGCUCCUUGAGCGCUUUGAGCAACAUCUCGCAAAGGAGGCAAGGCAGCAGCGGCUCGAAGGGGUCUUCCGGGGCUGGCGAGAGGCAUGCACUCGAAGACGCACAGAAGACGGUCACAAGGAGGGCAAGGCCUGGGUGGAUCGCAUCACAGCGUCCUUGGAAAUGCAGCGUGAAACAGUGUCGAGGCUCCACAGGCAACGACGAGAUCGCUGCGAGAACGCCCUGCGCUCUUGGCAAGAGGUUCAGCGGCAGCUGCUGAUCAGCAACGUGUUCAGCGCAUGGUCAGCUGCAGUGGAACAGACCCGUGUGAGCGCACGGAAGCUGGCACAUCUCAGCCAGGAAGAGGAAGUUCAAAAACUGCGCAGUGAGCUGGAAUCAUCACGAGCUGCCAAAGAGACGGCCGAGGCCCUUGCAGCUCAGCAUUCCUCCAUCGCUGCAGAAGUAGAGGCGAAGGCGGCAGCGGCGUGCGCAGAGGCAGCGGAGGUCAGAGCCGAAGCUGCGAGGCUGCGAGUGACGGCCGAAGAGACGUCAGCAGAGCUGCUGACUGCCAGAUCGCAGUUGAAGGAAGCAGAGCGGAAUCUCUCCGAGGCUGAAGAGAAAGUCACUGCUGUUCAAGAGGCUUGCAACACCGCCCUUGAGCAGCAGGCAGAUGCUGAGAAACAGCUGCUGCGAUUUCGAGAAGCUUCUUCCAGGGAAACUGCGUCCGAAUCGCACAGGCUACUAACAGAUUUAACUAUCAAGUUGGCACAGGCAGAGGCCGACACGGCCGAAGCGAAGAGUCAGGCAAGCAAAAGCAAUGCUGAGAUGCAGCAUUUGCAGUCUGCAUUCGCCGAUGCUCGACGCGAACUGGAAGUUGUAUACAGCCUCCUCUCGAACUCGGAAGUGGUUCAUCAAGAUGCCAUGAGACAUUUGAAAGGAACCAUCAGAGACCGUGAGCUUGCGAUGGCACACCUGCGUCACCUCCUGGAAAGAUGGCGUGAGCCACCUGUUCCGGUAAAGGAGGAUGAGGACCUGAAGCGGAAGCUGACAGCUGACACUCCCUCGGCCAGCACACCCGGAAUUCAAUCCUGCUUGAGUUUGCCGAGCCUGUCGUCGGUUUCCUCGCCUCAGAGCGUGCGCACGGUCAAGAGCAAGCCUACGCCCAAAGAGAUCGAAGAUCGGAAAAAAAGGUGGAGUGCCAACUGGCACUAG